CCUCCUCCUCCUCCUCCUACUACUACUACUACUACUACAGAAGCCCCGGAAAUUGAAGUCCUUACAGCACCAAGGCCAGGAGAAGAGUUCGUAUCCUUCCAGAACCCAGAUAUUGGCCAGCUCUCCUCCGACCUUCCUGAAGAUGGUGUUCUUACCGCUAGGGAUGGGGAGGUGGUCCUUAUUCCUACCCAUGACGUACUCUUGAAGGAUACUGAAGGAUUCCACGAGGAUGUGCCCCUGGAUGGAGUCCUACACGAGGAGUCUAUUGUCUAUGAGGAUGUUGUAGGACCUGAAGACAUACCACAGGAUGCCCAGGCUCCCGAGGGCGUCCCAGUGCAGGAUACUGAAGUGGCUCUAGGAUCUCUUGACUAUUUUGAUAUCCUUCCUGAGACUGACUCACUGAACCCAGAAAUGACUCACGAAUUGUUGACUCACGACCUUGAGCCAGAGAGUCAUGACCUUCCACUACUGACUCAGGAGAUGGUGAAGGAUGGUGACCUGAUUCAUGAUUUGGUUCACCAGGAGGGACUAGCACGUGAACUGACUCAAGAAGAAGGUUUUGGUCUAGAGGAAGUGACUCACCAGGAAGAUAUGACUCAUGGUGAGGAUUUGACUCACCUUGAUGAUAUGACUCACUUGGAAGAGAUGAGUCACCAUGAUCUGACUCACCAAGAGGACAUGGCUCACUUCGAAGACUUGGCUCACCAUGAACUGACUCACGAAGAGGAAAUGACUCAUCAUGACCUGACUCGCCAAGAUGAAAUGAUCCACCUUGAUGACAUGACUCACUUAGAAGAUAUGACUCACCAGGAGGAAAUGGGUCACCAAGAUGAGAUGGGUCAUAAGGAAAUGAUUCACCAGGAUGAAAUGACUCACCAGGAUGAAAUGACUCACCAGGAUGAAAUGAGUCACCAGGAGGAAAUGAGUCACCAGGAGGAACUGAUUCACCAAGAUGAGAUGAGUCACCAAGAUGAAAUGAGUCACCAUGAUGAAAUGAGUCACCAUGAUGAAAUGACUCACCAAGAUGAAAUGAGUCACAAGGAAAUGAGUCACCAAGAUGAAAUGAAUCAGAAAGAUAUGACACACCAGGAUGAGAUGACUCACCAAGAUGAAAUGACUCACGAAGAAAUGACUCACAAGGAAGAGAUGAUUCACCCAGAAGAGAUGAUUCACCAGGAUGAAAUGAGUCACCAGGAUGAAAUGAUUCACCAGGAUGAAAUGAUUCACCAGGAUGAAAUGAUUCACCAGGAUGAAAUGAUUCACCAAGACGAAAUGACUCACCAGGAUGAAAUGACUCACCAGGAUGAAAUGACUCACCAAGACGAAAUGACUCACCAGGAUGAAAUGACUCACCAAGACGAAAUGACUCACCAGGAUGAAAUGACUCACCAAGACGAAAUGACUCACCAGGAUGAAAUGACUCACCAAGACGAAAUGAUUCACCAGGAUGAAAUGACUCACCAAGACGAAAUGACUCACCAAGACGAAAUGACUCACCAGGAUGAAGUGACUCACCAAGACGAAAUGACUCACCAGGAUGAAGUGACUCACCAAGACGAAAUGAGUCAUCAGGAUGAAGUGACACACCAAGACGAAAUGAGUAACAAGGAAGAAAUAAGUCACCAAGAAGAGAUGAGUCACCAGGAGAUGCCCCACGAUCAAACUCACCAGGAAGACACCAUGACUCACCAAGAAGACACGCUGACUCACCAGGACCCGAGUCACCAAGAGGAGGCCAACCCCUUUGAAGGCCUCACCCACUUGGAAGACCUAUCACUACUGGAGGCGUUCACCAAAUCUCACCAAGACAACCAAGAACACUCCCUCCCACCAACCACUGAAAUGCCAGAGGUCCUCACACUUUCCCCAGCGGAACACCCUGUAGACACACACACCCCUGCUGAGGACAAGGCAGGAGGCGCUCCCCCGGUGGUAAAUGACCUGUAUAGCAAGGCAGGGGACGCAGGGCCGGCAGGGGACAAGGGGAAGAGUCUAAAGGAAGGGGAGGAGAAGGAGCUAUUCCCUGCAGAAACUGAGAUGCGAACUCGUAGCAAGAUCGAGAUUAAAGAAGUGAAUGGGCAAUUGUAUGAGUAUGAGUACAUUUACUACUAUGACGAUGAGUACCCUGCUUAUGAGGACUACCAGGCUGUUGAUGUCGACCCUGCCCCUGCUGCUGACCCCCUUGCUGACCUCACUGCUGACCCCGAAGCUGAUCUGACCGCUGCUGAACCCCUAGCUGAACUGACCGCUGACCCCCAAACUGACCUCCAAGCUGACUUCCAAGCUGAUCUCAUCGCUGACCUAGACACUCAAACUGAACCAGUGCCAGAAACCACCACUACAACCACUACUACUACUACUACUACUACUCCUGCUCCUACCACUACUACGACCCUACCACCGACUACGACCGUGCAUAGAGGCUUUGGCAGAUCACGUGAGAGGACCAGAUCAAGGGGAAGUAGCAGGUUCCAGCAGGAGGAAGAAGAAAUACAACAACAGUUCGCCCAAGGAGCUCUAGCAGAAGUCAACAGGGAACGCAGUCGACUUAAUGCCUUGCCAGAGGAGAACAUAAUUGACGACCCACGUGCUAGGUCCUUCCAGUCGUCCAGAACCCCAUCCAGAACCUCGUCCAGAGCCUCCUCCAGCCGCAGUAGGGCACGCAACACCAUCCGCGGGACGUCCAGGGAACCAAUAGGAGUGGAGGAGGACAAAUUGCCAUCUAGCACACGUUUUCCUCCACGGAUCACCACGACUGAGGCACCAAGAGAGAGGGAGAGAGAGCCACUAUUUGAGGAAGCUGUGCGUGUGGGCCUAGACGAUCACCACGACGUCCCUCUCCUCCCUGGUGUGACUGGUGACCAUGAAGGACCUGAAUUUUCAAGGGACGCGAGGGUUCUAGAGACGGAUGCGGCUGUGACGGAAUCUGAUCCUGUUACUACUACUAUGACCCCCUCUGCUGUGUCUGCUGUGACGCUGUAUGCCCUCACAGCAGCAAUGGACGCCGAGGAGCUACCCACAACCACUACGACUAUCCCCAGCUACGACUAUGACACAGAAAUCCCAGUGGUCGACUACUACGACUACUAUGAUGAGGCUACAGAACCACCAACUACUCCAGAACCACAAGCAGAACCAGAACCAGAACCAACCACUGAAGAACCUACUACUACUACUACUACCACUACUACUACCACGACUACCACUACUACGACCACCACCACACCGCCACCUACUACUACAACUACUACCACCACUGCUGAACCAGGUCGUAACAGGUUUGGGUUCCGGCCUCGUGGUUCACCAAGACAACGAACUUCAGGCCUGUCCCGGUUCGCUAAGACUGAACCACCCACCACCACCACCACCACCACCGCCGCCGCCACACCACGACCCAGCAGAUUCAGUGGAAGGAACCGUUUCGCAGCUGCCUCAAGAUUUAGAAACAAGGAAAGAACGACUACUGAUGACUCCGUGACCUCUGACCCCGCCCCAACAGACCCAGCCCCAGCCUCAUCAACUUCGUCCCGCAGCCCCAGUGGUUUCUCAAGGUUCAAUAAGCCCCGUCGUGGGUCAUUUAGCCCCCGAGGACGCGGCACCACGAAAGAGGAAACUGAAGAAACUACAAGUCCUUCACCAUUUUCACCAUCACCACCUCAGCCAUCACCAUCAGCCCCCUCAGCCCCCCAGCCAUCCCCCACCACGUCAAGGCGCACCAGGCCACGCAUUGGAGGGCUUUUCAACCGUAGAAAUAGACUGAGAGGGCGUGGCAAUGAGGAAACAGAAGAGCCACCAGUGGAAACCCCUGCAGAACCCCCAACUUUAGAAAUCAUAGACACCCCAGCAGUUAUUGAUGAAUUUGAAUUGGACCCCAGCCCUACUCCUGCCGAACCCACAGCCCCAGCCCCUACCCCUGACAGACAGACCACUGCAGCCCCCUCUCGCGGCAGACGGCCUUUCAACAGACACAGAUUUGGGGUCCGCGGUUCUAAGCCAGCAUCGGAGUCUAGCCCAGCGCAACCUACGGAAACAGCCCCAGAACAGCCUACACCGACUGCAGGAAGGGCUCAGUCCCCUGCUGACCGCCGCGCUGGGCUGUUCAACCGUAACCGCGGCGGUCUUUCGAGACUCCGAGGGCGUGGCGGGAACAGAGGGCGGACAGAAGCUCCAGAACCUGAAGUAGUCGAAGAAGUGGUCGAGGAAAUACAGCCUGAAGAAACACCAUUGGAGGAGGCACUAGUUGAGGUUGAGGAGACACCAGUGGAGGAGGAGGUGGAGGAGACACCACGUAGAGGAGGAGGUGGAGGGCGUCGUGGUGGCUUCCUAGGGCGUUUCAGAGGCCGUCAGAAUAAACAACAGGAGAAACCAGCCCCUAAGAAGCCCCAGCAGCAGUCCCGGGCCACCUCAGCCCCAGCGAGGCGUACAGGAGGAAUCUCAUCCUUCUUCAACAGACGGCGCCGCCCAGGGAAGGACCAGCAGGAGGAGCAGCCACAGGAGGAGGCCGCCCCAGCUGACGAGUUUGCUGCGCCCAUAGAGGAAGAUGCGGGCUUGGGCUUGGAGGAUGCGCUGGUGGAGGAGCUGGAGGAGCCCGCCCCGACUGGCUUCGAACCGGUGGAGGUAGUGGAGGAGGUGGAGGAGGCGCCGCAAAAGAAGAACAAGGUGCGCAACCGGUUUUUCUUCAACAGACGGAGAAACAGAAGCUAAACGAAAAGAAGAGAUGAAGAGAGAGAGGAUAGUGUGAAAGUAUGUGUC